AUGAGUUAUUCGGAUAUCGUUCCAACUUUUACGAUGUCACCGCCGCAAUUCUCAUCAUCCAGCACGUCGGAUCAUUCCCAUUCCUUCAUAAGGACAAGAGUUUCCGACAAAUAUCAUUCCAAUGCAUUGAUGGGUCCUCCACCAAGCCGAGGAAGGAGCAACAUUUUCUUCAAGACCCGUAUUUGUAUCAAGUUCGGGUUUGGUAGCUGUAGAAACGGUCAAAACUGUAGCUUUGCUCAUGGGGUAGAAGAUAUAAGGCAGCCACCACCAAACUGGCAGGAGCUUGUCCGUCCACGUACUGAAGAACGUCUGCAAUUGGGGGGGAAUUCGAAUGAUGAUCAGAAAAUCAUUCACAAGAUGAAGCUGUGCAAGAAGUAUUGCAAUGGUGAACAAUGUCCUUAUGGUGAUAAGUGUAACUUUCUUCAUGAGGAUCCUGCCAAGUUUAGGGAUGACUCUUGGAAAACAAGAGAGUCCUCUGCAAUCAGCGCUGGAACUUUUGGGGAUGGUUCUAAUAAUUUGGAAGGCAAUAGGGUUGGGACUGAGCCAGCAAGGGGCACUUAUUCAAAGACUAAGAUGUGUCUCAGGUGGUUGAAUACCGGUAGCUGCCCCUUUGAUGAUAAUUGUCAUUUUGCUCAUGGAGAUGCAGAGUUACAAGCUCCUGGAGGAGCCAUUGAAGCUGAAGCCGCAGUUGCCAUUGCAAACUCAACAAAAGCUACUACAUCACCGGCAAGUGUACCUGCGGCGACAGAAGAGGAGAAGAAGACCAAGAAGGAAUUACUUUGGUUGAAAUUAAACAAGAUCAACCGUAUUUAUGGUGAUUGGAUUGAUGAUUUACCUCUCGGUCGUCCUGAUUUGCCAAGGGAGCCCUGAGUUGAAUUUCGUGCUCUUGGAAACAGCCCACAUGUGGGUAAGGAUUCUUCU